CGGGGUCGCGCAGACCCGGUCCCUGGGGUUAGGUGUUCAACCCAAUCAUGAUUCACAGCAGAAGCCAAGACGUUUGGGUUCUUUCAUAUAAACGCUAAGGCGUCUGUCUGGUUCUGUACCGCGACUGCGAAAGAAAAGAGAGAGAGAGAGAGAGAGAGAGAGGAGAAAUUCACCUGUUAUGGUUCUCCCUAAUGGAAAUAGCGCUUUGUUAAAUGAUAGACAGGAUUACAGGAGUGGGAAAACGAUGCUGAGGUUUACACUCGAAUAGACGACAAGGAGGACGAAAAUACAACUCCUGGAUGAGCGGAGGCAGUGGAAGAGGAGGAGGAGGUGGGGUAAAACUUCUUGAAUGGGAAAUUUCUUCUGACCUUUUCUGACCAAGCUGACCCCACUGUUCCUGCCCUCUUCAGCUUUGCCCACCAUAAGAUCCCCCAAGUGAUCAUCAUGACCUCUACGACCCAGCUGCUGGCCUUUAAGCUCGCCCCACCAUCUCAGAGUGGGAGCGGUGAUAUCUUUAGCUGUGACGAGGAGAUCGAGCGGCGCUAUGAAGUUGUCCCUUCUGUUGUCUGCUCCAUGUGCUGCCUUUUUGGCAUCAUCUAUUGCUUCUUUGGCUACCGCUGUUUUAAGGCUGUAAUGUUCCUCACUGGCCUGAUGUUCGGCUCUAUCAUUAUCUUCAUGCUGUGCUACAAGGAGCGAGUGAUGGACACGCAGCUGAGCGUGGAGGCCAGUGUGGGAAUCGGGCUGGGCAUCGGCACGCUGUGCGGCCUAGUCACCAUGCUGGUGCGCAGUGUGGGGCUCUUCAUGGUGGGCCUGCUGCUGGGCUUGCUGGUGGCACUGGCGUCCCUGGUGGUGCUGGAGGAGUUUUACCACCCACGCACGGUGUGGUUGCCGCUCGGUGUGCUGCUUGGUUCAGGCAUGCUGUUCGCCGUGCUGACGCUGCAGUGGCAACGCUGCUUCACCACACUCUCCACAGCCGUGUUUGGCUCGGCCGUCGUCACUGUCACCGUGGAUUAUUUUGUGGAGCUCUUUGCACUCACACGUUACAUCUAUGAAAGGGUGAAAGUGGCCCCGCCUCAGCCUGUGUGCUGGUACACGUGGGUGGUGAUGGGGGUGUGGCCUGUGCUAGCCCUGCUGGGCGUCCUCAUUCAGUGGAAGGUGACUGCAGACGGAUACUCGCACACCGAAGUGUUCAUCAGUCACCAGCAGAGGCGGCUACAGCUGAUGAAGAUUCGCCAGAAAGAGGAGAGAAGGGAGAGCAGGAAAAAAAAGAAGAAACAGCAACAACAAAAACCUCCACAGCAACAGCAGCAACAACAACAGCAUAAGCAGAAGCAGAAGUACCACCAUCCGCCCCAGUCUAACCCUCACACCACCAACCCGCCUGCAAAAUCCCAGCAUCAAGACCCAACGUACCGCAGGAAACCCAACCCCACGCGCCGCUAUGAUGGAGACGUACUCUCGCCGAGCUAUAUUCAGCAUUUCCGGGACAGACACGUGGACAGACGAGGCUACUCUCAUGGCAGACUGAUCAGCAGCUCUCACACAGUGGAUAUAGACUAUGACUGCGGCUCUCAGGUCCCUCUGACCGCCCAUACAGGACCUGCAGUGAGAGUGUGAUCCUGCCCCCUUGUGUUCAGUGGCGUUGUUCCAACCAGUCCUUCUCCUGUGCAGUCCUGAGUUCUGAGUCUGAAAGGAGAAGAAAUAUUUAUACAGAGCACCCACAUGCCAUUGCUCUGCUCUGUUAAGAUUUUUUUUUUACAUUUUUCCUGACAGCCGUAUUCAUCAGAGCUCUGAUUGGAAAUAGUUCCUUUUUUUUUCUAGAUUGAAAUUCUGUGCUGCUGAGGGUGUGUAUGCAUGCAUGCGUGCGUGUGAGUGGUAAGAUUUGACUGUACAUUGUUCCUUGGUAAGCAGAGUGGGAUCAUUAAUGUGACACUCGUUUUAAAGAGGGGACAUUAUUCAGACUGAGCAAUGGCCCGAAUACAGCAAGGCUCUGAAGCCUUCCCAUCCACAUAAAUCAUAAACCAUACACUUUUAUGUCCAUACAGUAUGUUUAACAGCAGCAGACUUUUUAACUCUUCCUUGCGGGAGAGAAAUAUUCCCAGGUACGGAGGCGCACUCUAUUCACGGAACAUUGUUUACAGUACAGAUGAGACCGUCGGUACAUUUUACAGCAGCAGAAAACUGUGAGCUUCAUUUGUCAGGACUAAUGGCCUGAUUCUGUGCACACUUGCAAAGAAUGGCUCUUAGAUGGACUUUACUGAAACCUAUAGUACUGCCAAGCAUGUCUACUAACUGGUGUAUGUUUAUCUCAGUCAGGCGAUGUUGGGUGAAUAAGGCAUCGUUAUUCAGUGUCUAAUUAAGACUGAAUUUAGCCCUCAUUAUGUCCCAUAUGGCUUAGUUAAAGCUUGGUGUAGUGACUACCAUUAGACCUGCAGGGGAUAAGGCAUUACCGGAUUACCCUAAUGAUGCAGGUAACACUGUGAACACUACAGGAGUUUAUGUACAGAAGAUUUAAAGUGUCCUUGUCUACUGUAAAGGUUUUUCAAUGAGACUAAGGUAUUGAUGGAACUCGAGUGAAGACUAAUAGUGGACCAGCCACAUUAAACAGGGAUUAUAUAUAUAUGUGUGUGUGUGUGUGUGUGUGUGUGUGUGUGAGAGAGAGAGAGAAAGAGUGGGUCUGGGUAUGUUUGUGUGCAUGUGUAUGUAUGAAGAGUGUGGAAAAGGAGGGCAACAUGACGAUUUGUCUUCAAGGUUUGUUUACAUCCUGUCUAAUCACAAAACUGGAAAGAACUGAACCACUCAGCCUCACUCUGUUUACUGUCUUUUACCCCAGCAGCGUGUGCUGCUGCUGGACAUUUUGUACAUUUAGUUGAAUGCUGAACAUAUUUGUACAUAUUACACCACUAGUGACAUGGUUUGUGUGUUUUUUCUCUGAUUAAUACUUAAUUACAUCUGAAUGCUGAUUCAGUGUCAUCAUGUGUCUGCUGGGUCUGUUCAUAUUUCAACAUUUUUGUUGUGUAAAAAUGACUGUCUUAUGAAGUCUGUCCACAGGAAACGAGGAGCCCAUGUUAAUUAUUAUUAUUAUUAUUAUUAUUAUUAUUGCAUGUGUUUGUAAAAACGUAAAUAUGAUAAAGUGCUUCUAAAGACC